AUGCGAAACAACUUUGCUAAUAAUUCGCGUACUUCUUCCCGCUUUGCAGCACAAGCAAUAAUCGACAAGCACAUGCUUGCGACAAUGUUCAUAUACAACCACUCCCAAUGUAUAAUCCUCUCUCCGAUCCCGCGCGCACUUCCCUCCCUUCCCGUUCCAUGCAUGACAUCAUCCUUGAUGGCCCCAGAGUACGUACACUUGUAUUCCCCAGUGCCGUGCAUGACACCAUUUCGAACAGAAGCAGUGGUCCACCACUUACUGCUCCUGAGCCGAGUCCGUCCACCUUCCACUUUGCCUUCCCUGUUCGAGCCGGUUAGUCCCAGAGAUACACUUUUGCAAUUCACGUCUCAGUUCACUGCGCUUCUGACCACUUUCCGUAGCCAGAGCAUGCAGCGCGCACGCACAGACACGGCUUCGCCUGCAGCUCAAAUCAACUCGUUCAACUCUCCAGACGUCAACCCUCAACCUGGUGCACUGCUCUCCCCUCGCCCCUCACUGUCGCGUCAGACAAUCUCCCAACCUGUCUCACGAGCACAGGCUCAACUUUGCAACACACAUAACCUCACAGCCCAUAUUCACACGCGAUUCAACAUGCAGGGACCGAGCGACGACCGAAGCGUGGUGACGAAGACUACGUCAAGCAGCCGAGAACGCAUUCAUCCUUUUCCGUCGCGAAUGCCUUUUGAGAAAGAACGAGGCGGAGGCUGCAGCAGCUGCAGAAGGCGAUUCCGUCGCGAGACGUCAGCGUCAAGCCGACCUAUCCAAAACAAUUUCACAACAAUGGCAUUCACUAGGAAGAGAGAGCACGAGGAGAUAUACUCUUGGUACGUCUAUCAGCUCACACGAUCUGAUAAGAGCAAGAAGAGAAAGAAAGACGCGAUGGCAGUAGUAGCGCCUGCGGUUGGGAAAGCAAGCGACGAGAAGGAGGGUAAGAAAAAGAGACGUGAACGUACGGAAUCGUCCAGCAGUGUCCGAGGUUCUGGCGCACCCGCACGUAACAGCUCGUCAUGCUCUACUGCAACCACUGUGAGUGUCUCUUCAUCAGCAUCUACCGACUACAGCGAAUUUAAUCCACUUUCUGCAGAUAGCUCGCUGCAUGGCUGCUCGUUCGGAUAUCUGCACAUGAGGUGCAGUAGCGUGCGCGAAGUGGAGAUGGCGGACUUUGCUGACUGCCCUCUCUUUCUGGUGGUCUGUCUGGACCCGAUCAAGGUGCGGGCCCGGCAAUCGACACCUGCAAUGCACUCGUUUCUCGCUCGAGUCUGA